CCCCUUCUCUCCUUGUCAGGUUCCGCACACACUGUAGACCGGUUUCGAAACGGAAGCGUCGAUUUAGCCGACGAAACUUCUGAGUCAGAUAACGAAAGUUUGUCUUCAUGCGCGACGCCUCGGCCUCUGGGCGAUCCGUUGUUUUCUGGGUCAGCAACACCCAGGGCUGCACCACUCCCUGAACGAAGUUACCGGUUGAGAGGCGUAAACGAAGGCGAAGGGAUGGCAAAAGAACUUGCCAGAUUCUCCACGUAUGUUGGCAAGUACGCUCCGGCAUUCAGGCAACUCCCCGCCCUCUUGAAACCGGGUCCGAGACAUUUUCUGCCCGCAAUUGGAGAGGUGGACGCUCUCCUAAAAAUUGACCGGCCAGACGGUGAAGACGACGGAGCAGGUCUGGAACAGCCGAGAGAAAACACGAGACGCACUUGGGCAGGAGCUCAAGUCUUCGCAUUCUGCGACAGAAAGGCGGCAGUUGUUUUGAUUAACGUGAAACUCAGUGACGGGUUAUCCAGUGCAGGUUUCACGUGACAGUCAGGAUUGUGUGGCAAAGGCAGUGGGGGACGUGGAGAAUCCGGGACGACCGCAACUCCACCCCAGCACUUUCGCCCUUUGCACGAUUUGUACCAACUAGACUCCUGAGUUUAAGUUGAAAAGUUCUUUCUUUUCAGCUUGUGCCGGUAUAUUCAGGAUCCCACCGUUAUAUUCGAUGAUCCUGUGUGUUCACAAAUGUAAAACUCAAAUCGAUUAAAUAGCGAGACCACUGGUACCCAGGAGACCGACGUAUCGGUGACAGGCGAGCACGUGUGUGUGCCUAGCUGUACCUGUGGAAGACUCACCCGGAAGUAUCGAGCACCAAAGGGCAACGAAAUCGAGAUUGCUCAUGUGCUUUUUUGAUCAGAGACGUUUCGAUACAGAACGAUUUCGGUUUGGUACCUUCACACUGUAUCACGUGGAGGGGGGUACGAGGAAACUAUCGGAACCCGAUUUGAAAAGAUGCAGAACUAUUUUCUUCGUAAUAAACAGCCUUUUGCGUCACAUGAACUUUGAUGUCCGGACAGGAACGGAGGAACUGGAUGAGCCGGCGCUUCAGCAAAGCGAUCCGGCGGCGCUGCGACUGGAAUUCGGAGCCUUGCGGCCACUAAGGAAUUCCGCUGGUCUUCAAGAUAUGGAAGUGGGGUGCAUUGAAGACGAGGGAGAAAGCAGACGCAUUCAAAUUGACAGGUGGAUUCGGACCGUUCAAAGGUUACGGGAUCAAUAUCCCAACACCGAAAGCCCGUGGGCAUCCGAUGAACACGCUCCUGACUUUGAGCAGUUGGUGAGAGAAUGGCCAGAUGAGUUGGCGUCGCUCUUUCUACCACAUCCGUCGCGUCUCGCACUCGAGGAAACACAUAUGUCUCUCGCGCAAUUAUUGAAGCUGGGAUGCGCACUUCUGGACGUUCCGACUCGUCCCAAUGAGCUAAAUAAAGCUCUGCAUGCACUCUGGAUGCUCUAUUUCGAACUGAGAAACAGGGAGCGCAUUACUUCUACCUAGAGCGACCGAGGUCGUCCUUCAGGAAUUCCA